AUGUCUAGUAUGUCCACGUCCACGGAUCCUCCAAGACUACGCCAGAAAACAGGAGGAAUGGGAACGGGAACGGGUACGAUCCAUCCCAGUCCAACUGAGAGUCCAGCAACAAGGUCAAGUACAAGUACAACUUCAAGAAUAAGAACAUGGACCCGCAACAACUCCGGCGACGGCAACAGCAAUGACGGCAACAACUUUUUGAUUUCGACCGACCCAUCACUCAUCCCGAUCCCGACCCUGAACGAAGCUUUCGAGUCUGAAGAAAUGUACUGGGCCAAACCGCUUCCAGAGGAUGUUGUUCGAGAAAUGCUGGAUCGGUCUGUUUGUUUCGGAUUGUAUCUGAGACAGUCCCUACCGAAUGGAGGGACAGUAGGGAAAAGCCGCGACGAUGACGACGAGAGUCUCGACAGAGGCGGCGACAGAAGUGUCCAAUCGACUACAGUUCCAAUCCCGACUUCAUCUUCGUCUUCGAGCGGUGACCAACCGACACCAACAAAAGCCUUGACUGGAGACCAACAAUCCAAAGUUUCGACCGACGUCUCGAGUUUGAUCGGCUUCGCCCGCGCCAUUUCCGACCACGUCACAUUCUUCUACCUCACCGACGUGUACAUUCACCCCAAAUACCAAAAGCGCGGGCUAGGAAAAUGGUUGAUUUCCUGCGUUCAAGAACUCGUGGAGCAGGAUAUGCCAUUUUUAAGGCGAACAAUGUGUAUCGUCGGCGCGGGACAUGACGAAACAAUCGAGUUUUAUAGACGGUUGAUGAAGAUGGAGGUGCUGGGGGGGGAUGUAGCUAGCGUUUUGAGUUGGAGGGGGCCUGGGGCGACGUUUUGA